AUGGACAAGGCCUCAGUUAAAGUGUCUCCUUCUUUUUAUAGGGCCCCCUCCUUCCUUGUACCCCAGAGGGGGGCCCCCUACAGGGAGGGGCCCCUUGCUGCUACGCCCAGCAGCAGCUGCUGCCGCAGCCUACACACAGUCUCCUCAACGGCAGCUGCAGCGCAGCAGCAACAAAAGCAGCAGCAACAAAGCUACAAUGAACAGCAACAGCUAAACCAGCAGCACGAAGAAGAGAAUAGUCAGCACCAGCUGCACCUGCAACAGCAGCAGCAGCAGCUGCUGCUGCCUCAGUACCAGCACUCGCAGCAGCCGCAGCAGCCGCAGCAGCAACAGCCUCAGCAGCAGCAGCAGCAGCAGCAGCAGGGGUUUGGCAGCGUUGAUUUUGUGCGUCUGGGUAUGCUUCCGUCUGUAAGUGAAAGUUUGCGGUGUUGGGGUGUACGUGCAGCUGGUCCCCUUCAAGCUGCUGCUCUUCCUUUGCUGCUGCGGGGCUGCAGCACAUUUCUGGCUGGGGAGACAGGCAGCGGCAAGACCCUCAGCUACAUUAUUGCUUUGGUGCAGCGCCUCGUUGUGCUGCAGCGCCAGCAGCAGCAGCAGCAGCAGCAGCUGCAGCAGCAGGGGGGAGGAGGCCGGGGAAGAAAAAGUUACCUCCUUUCGCCGCAGCAGCAGCAGCAACCAGCAACAGCAGCAGCAGCAGCAGCAAAGUACCCUGUUGCUGUUGUUCUUACCCCAACUCGAGAACUCGCGCUGCAGGUCUUAGGGUGGAGCAAGCGUCUCCUUGAACUGUCUCCUUUUGUCUCUCCUGCUGCAGCAGGUUUGCUGCUGGGCUCUUAUACUUCUUGGCCGUACCCUGGGGGGGCCCCCUCCUCUGGGGGCCCCUCUGGGGGCCCCUCUCGCGGCGGGUGCCCUCCGCUGCUGAUCUCCACGCCGCAUGCAUUUGCUGCAGCAGCAAAGCGAGAGAAGUGUCUCUUUACAGCAGCAGAGACUAUCGUUGUUGAUGAAGCAGAUAUGCUGCUAGAUGGGGGCUUCAGAAAGUAUACUGUCUCCUUGCUGCAGCGCUUCUUAGCAGCAGAUAAACAGAGAGCAAACGAAGGAAAGCCGCAUAUACAAUAUAUCUUUGCUGCAGCAACCGUACCCCCGGGGGGCCCCUCCAGGGGCCCCUUCAGCGCCACCUCUAGGGGCCCCUCCAGAGGCUUUCCUGCAGGGGGCCCCCAGAAGGGGGGCCCCCUAGAGGGGCCCCCACAGCAAACCCUACCCCAACUACAAGGCCAGGGGGGGCCCCCAAACAGCUCUGUUGCUACCCUUGGGGGGGCCCCUGGGGGGCCCCCUGCUGCUGACCAUCCGGGGGCCCCUGGGGGGGCCUCUGUUGCUGCCCCUAGGGGGGCCCCUGGGGGGGCCCCUGGGGGGGCCCCUCUGGAGGGGCCCCCAAGGGGUUUGAAGGCGAUACUGCAGCGUGAGUUUCCGCAGAUGUAUUUUGUACAGUCAGAUCUGCUGCACUGCCACAACAAGGGGCUGCAGCAAGAGUUUGUUGCUGUUGCUGCUGAGGAGACAGAAGGAGACAGAAUAGAGAGACUGGUGAGGGUACUGGAGGGGCCCCUUAAGGGCCUCAAAACGCUUGUCUUCUGCAACACUGCAGCAACAGCCAAAAGGGUUGCCCAGGGACUGCAGCAGAGACUGCAGCAGCAGCAACAGCAGCAGCAGCAACAGCAGCAACAGCAACAGCAGCAACAGCAGCAGCGGCAGGUGUCUCUGUUCACAGCACAACUCCCCCCUCUAACCCGGGCGAAGGUUCUUAAAGACUUCUCUAAUGCUGCAGCUCCGCUGCAGCAGCCUGCAGCAGCAGCGGCAGGAGCAGCAGGAAAUGAAGCAACAACAGCAGCAGCAGCAUCAGCAGCAGCAGCAGAAGCAGGUGCUGCUGUGUUGGUGUGCACAGAUGCUGCAGCAAGGGGACUGCAUAUUCAAGAUGUUGCUGCUGUUGUCCAGUUUGACUUAGCACUCAAUGCUGCUAGCCACCUCCACCGCGUAGGAAGAGUUGCUGCAGCAGGGAGACAGGGGACAGCUGUCUCCUUCUUCCUCCCGCAGCAGCAGCACCUAGUAGACGCCCUACGAGGACAACAGCAGCAGCAGGAACAGCAGCAGCAGCAGCAGCAGCAGCACUCUGUGGCAGCUGCUUUCAGCCGCAAAAGAUCCUUCAGCAAAAAAAUAAAGAAAAAGGCUGCUGCUGCGGCAGCAGCAGCAGCAGCAAAAGAUGCAGCAGCAGCAAAAGAUGCAGCAGCAGCAAAAGAUACUUCUGCUGCUGUCUCAUCUGGUGCUGCUGCUUGA